CCAACUUUAUAAGUUAAAAGUGUCAUGUCACAGCCGGUUGACACCAGAAACGAUGUGUCAGAUACCCAGCGAUUCACCCGAGGCGGGCGCCGAAAGCGCAACGAGUACGCUCUGGUCGCCUGUAUGCUAUGCAAGUCUCGAAAAGUCAAAUGUGACGGCCAAUGGCCCUGCCAGCGCUGUACCAAGCGUGGCGUGGAGUGUUCCUACCCGCGUCGUGGCAACAUACCCAGCAUGAGCCCGAUACCCACAGAAAUGAGCUUAGAGAUGGGAUACUCUCCAUCAACUGAGGACGGAGCAACGCCUCGCAUAUCUGUGACUUCAGGCGGCGCUACCUCGAGCGAAGCAUCUCGUCUACCUGCGCGGACCAGUAACAGUCUAAGCGCCUCACUACAAAGUCCUGCAGCUACCGACAGAUCUCCUACGGCUCGCCGCUCAAGCUUUGUUGAUACUUUCAGCUUAGCCAGAUCCUGCCUCGAAACUAACGGUAUCGUGGACCAAGCCGAGAAGGACGUCCAGGGUCCAGCGAGCAAACCAUGUCUGACAUUAGAGCAAUCUCUUGCUUCUGCAAGUGAUGACUGCUUGGAAUCAAUCCUGGAGCUGGGUUACGACAAAGCUCGACAGCUGUUCAUUACCUUUGCGGAGACCAUUUAUCCCGUUUACCCGUGUGUUGAUCUUCACUCGACAGAACCGGUUUUGGAUGCGGUAUUCGGACGUUCUGCUCACCACGCGGCACAACUACCUUCUGUUAACCUGAAUAAAGUGGAUAUUAUCAAAGCCCUGCUAGGGCUUACUCUCCUUGUUGAAAAUGAUAGCACAAGCCCUCUCGCACGCCACCUCCAACGCUACGUCGAUUGGUCGGUGGAGAAGCUCGUUAUGGGCAAAGGCCCAGAUCCUGAAGAUGUUGUCAUGGCUACCUUGAUGAGCCUGUACUUCUUCCACAAAUCUGAACAUAUGAGGGCGUGGCGACUCAUCAGUCUAGCAUCGAGAACAUGUUUCGAACUUGGUCUUCAUCAAGCGCCAGAAGAGGUUCAGAAGACUGUCGAAAUCCCUGGUUCAUUUUCCCCACGAGAGCUAUUCUGCUGUGUAUACGUACUAGACAGGACGUUUUCUUUCGCAACGGACCUUCCCCAUACCACGAAAGACGAAGACAUAGAUGAGAAGUGCUUCGAUCUUGGAACUUCCGCGCCCUUCCUAGUCGUAACCAUGGAAUACACACGUCUAAACUCGGAGAUAAUCGGACUGCUGAAGCCUUCAACCAAGAGCGUUGCAGAAGGUCGGCAACAUAAAGAGUAUCUCGAUUACAAAGUGCAACGGCUACGCGACCAAUUCCGAGACCUCACGGCGGCCGCCCGAUCUACACCUUUACCUAGCAAGCCUUGGGAUCCUCUUCAGAAUGAGGUACUUAUGAAUGACCUAGAAACCUUUUUAGAAGUACGGAUCUGUCACGCUCGAAUACUACUACGCAAACCUCUCCUUCACUCAUACAAAGGUGAUCGAGAGAAGACAGCAGCCGCAGCAGUCUGUAUCCAGUGCGCCAAAGCUACCAUCUUUCUGUGCUCUGGUGUAAUCAAUAAGGCGGUCCCGUUAAAGUGUCUUCGAAGCUCAUACGAAUAUUUUACCGUAUCGUCACUCGCUAUAAUCCUGCUGGUCGUUUCUCAGGACCCAGAAACCUAUGGACCAGAGAGUAGAGAUGCAUUUCAAGAAGCGAUCAGAAUACUUCAGGUAUCGAAAUGUCGAAACUUUGCAUCUGGGAAUUUGUGCUUUACAUUUGAGCAACUUAUCAGGAUUGGGGAGCGCCUUCACAUGCCUAAAGAUAGCAACACGCCACUAUUACAAGACUUUGGAGAUAUCGAUAUGGGGCAGCUCUUGGUGGAUCCUCAAUGUGUUGGAUCAGGCGAUCUGCAGACUCUGGAUGAUAGUAUAUUCGGGCUAUUUGGGAUGAACAGAAACUGGCCUGCCAAUAAUAGCUAUAUCUGAGAUCUAUAUGGCAUAAAUCCUAUGAUCUAGGAGCAAGUAUAUGCAUGGCCAAUACAACCUAAAGCGGGUGCUUGAUGACAACCUUGGUCAAGCUGACCUUUCCUUCAUUCACAUCCUUGAUAGCCUGUAUUCCCUUCUCAGCCCCCUCCACAAUCUUGACAUUGG